ACGCUGUUGUUGAUGACGUUUGGUCUGCAGGACUGCCUGUAAGUUGCUACGUUAGCUAAAGCCGUGGCUAACUUACUGUUAGCAUUACAGGAUGUUCGCUGUCAUGAAAGAGCGAAGCUGCAACGCCAGCUGUUGUAUUGUGUUACUAUGAGAGCGUUUCACACCUUUCGGUAAAACAACUGUAACGUUAUGUCAUGUUAAAAUCGAUUAAAGGUGUCGCUGGCUCGGUGUUCAACAGCGGCCAAUUGAGGAGAGAACAACUAACGGUGGUUCAUGCACACUGCUACCCUGCUGCCUCCUAGCAACCGUCAUGCCUUAUGGAAUAUUCAUCCACCACGAAUGACAUUCCAGUGGGACCCAUGUUUACAACAGCUGUUCAUUUUGCCAACAAUUAGCCUAAUAUCAGCUUCUUUUUGAUCUGGCCUGCUUUGUUUGCAAAAGCACACCAUCACAAUUGCAAACCUGUGCUUUUCUUGUUUCACUGCAAUCAACUUCUCUCCAUUCGCAAGAGCCUGACCCCCUAUCAUGAGAUUCCGAAUCUACAAGAGGAAGGUGGUGAUACUGACUGUGGUGGUUGUCAUCUGUGGCCUAGCUUUCUGGAGCAGCGGAAGGCAGAAGAAGAACGACAGUGGCUCGCUCCCCAAGGAAGUGGAGACGGUGAAGAGAAGCAGCAGUAUUAGCAGCAGCAGUAGUAGCAUCAACAAUCAUAUCCAGGUGCAAGCCACACCUGCAGUCAGCAGGGCACCUGCCCCUCCGCCUGUUAUACAAGCCAAUGACACUCACCAGGAGAAAGCAAAGGAAAAAGAGAAGAUACCAAAGCCACCACAGCCAGAGGCAGAUAACACCACUUUAGUCUACCGAGGCAUUGUCUUCCAGCUCAACUUUGACCAGACAAUAAGAAAUGAGGAAAAGUUUAAGGCAGCGCGACAGAAGGACCAUCUGGUUGUGGUGGUUCAGGUCCAUAACCGACCAGAUUACCUUAAGCUAUUGGUGGACAGUUUGCGGAAGGCCCGAGGUGUGGAGAGCAUACUGCUGAUAUUCAGCCAUGAUUACUGGUCCCCUGAUAUAAAUAAAGUGGUGGCCUCUGUUGACUUUUGCCAGGUACUUCAGAUUUUCUUCCCCUUCAGCAUCCAGCUGUACCCCCAGGAGUUCCCCGGACACGACCCCAGAGAUUGUCCCAGAGACAUUCCCAAAAAAGACGCCUUAAAGUUGGGUUGCAUCAACGCAGAGUACCCCGACUCAUUCGGCCACUACCGUGAGGCGAAGUUCUCCCAGACCAAGCACCACUGGUGGUGGAAGCUGCACUUUGUAUGGGACAGAGUCCGAGUUCUGAAGGACCAUAAGGGUGUGGUCCUGCUGAUCGAGGAGGACCACUACUUGUCCCCAGACUUUAUCCAUCUGUUGAAGCUGAUGUCCGCUCUCAAAAAGGAGCGGUGCAAUGACUGCGACAUCCUCUCGCUCGGGAGCUACAGCCACAUCGGCUACUCCAGCAAAGCAAACAAGGUGGAGGUGAAGCCCUGGAAGUCCACUGAGCACAACAUGGGGAUGGCUCUGAGCAGAGAGACGUACCAGAAGCUCAUCAAAUGCACCGACACGUUCUGCACUUACGACGACUACAACUGGGACUGGUCCUUACAACACCUGACCGUGUCCUGCUUGCCCUCCUACUGGAAGGUCAUGGUGAGCGAAGCGCCGCGGAUUUUCCACGCUGGAGACUGCGGCAUGCACCACAAGAAGACUUCUUGCAUGCCCAUAAGCCAGAAAACCAAGAUAGAAAACAUCCUACAAAGCAGCGGGAACCAGCUGUUCCCAAAGAACCUCCUGAUAGCGAAGAGACUGCCAGCCAACGGGGCCGGGGGGGUGGCACCACAUGUGAAAAACGGGGGCUGGGGAGAUAUCAGGGACCAUGAACUCUGCAAGAGUUACGCUCGAUUACAGUGACCUUAAUUGCUACUAUUAUAUAUUAUUGUCUCUUUUUGCAUCCUCUAUAAAGAAAAAA